CACGGUUUACUAGAUUCAUGUAUCAAAUGUCAAGAUGACAAGUAAAUCAGCUGGUUUAAUAAAACAAAAAAUAUGACAGCAAAAUCUUUUCGAUAGACCAAAUUUUUGUAGAUAAAUGUGUAAAUAAUAAUAAAACAUUAAGUAAUUAGGUUGAAACUCCAAAUUCUUAGUUUUGACAAUGGCAGAUGAGGCAGAUGAAAGAGCAAGCGGUGAUGUAGUCUCACAGGAAAAAGCAGAAGUUACCGCACCGGAUCCCGAGCCGCCCAAGGUUCCAGACGUUGAGCUCAUAGUAGACGGGUUUGGUUUUAUGCCUAAAUCAGCUCCAAGAAAAAGUAGAACAUCUAAAGAUUCAGAUAAAUCUUUAAAAAAUGUUAAAGAGCAUGAAGUUCCUGGUACAGAGUAUAGUAGUCCUUGUGUCUCAAGCACUAACAUCGACAUUGUUAGAAGGUAUACGUGGAAAACAAAAAAUAGAAUGAAUGUACAGGUUAUAACGUACGGCGCCACUAUAACAGCAAUAAAAGUUCCUGAUAAAAAAGGCGUGCCCGAUGAUAUUCUUGCUGGUUUCGAUACGUUGGAGGAGUAUUUUCAGCCGAGAAACCCUUAUUUCGGAUCGACCAUAGGACGCUAUGCUAACUACAUCAGAGAUGCAACUAUGGUAGUGAAACCAUCGGGUAGAAUGUACAUGUUAUCUUCAAACAAGGGUGGCCAUCAUUAUCACGGCGGACAUGUUGGAUUUGAUAAGGUUAACUGGCGUUCCUAUAUCACCGGGAACAAGGUGAUAAUGAGUCACGUGUCAGAGAGAUUCCACGAGGGUUACCCUGGCACGGUGAUGGUUCAGGUCGCCUUUGAAGUCACCUGCGAAAACACCUUGAAGAUCGAAAUGCGAUGCACCACAAGUGAACCUACCAUUGUCAACAUGAGCAAUAUGCCGUACUUCAACCUCGCUGGACAUCACUCUGGGACUGAAACGAUGUUUGAUCACAUAAUUACAAUUAACGCCGACAAAUAUACUGUAGUGGAUGACGACGGUCUUGUCACAGGAGAGAAAAAGGUUGUGGGUGGUACUCCGUACGACUUCAGAGUACCCCGUGUUCUCCGGAGUAUGAUGCCCAGGAUACCGAUGGGAGGAUACGAUGUCAGCUACUGCAUCACCCAAGGCACGGAGCAGGAUAUAGCGUUUCAGGCUAGAGUACUCCAUCCCUUGACUGGUCGCGUGCUGGAGGUGUACAGCAACCAGCCUGGUAUGCAGUUCUACACUGGAAACCUGCUUCCAGAUCCUGAUAGGAUCGUCGAGAUGGAAGGAGAGGAAGGCGAAGAAGGUGAAGAUGCACAAGGAGAGAAGGAGAGCGAAAGCGAGAGCGAAGAGUCGGAGAGUGAGAAGUCGAGUGCGCGAGAAGAGGAAGAACAAGACGAUGCCAGUGAGGGUAAAAGAAGCUAUGGUUACGUGCCUCUGUUCGGCAAGGGCGGGGCUCUGUACAAGAAGCACGGACUCUUCUGUCUCAUGCCUCAGAACUAUCCCGAUGCCAUCAAUCAUAAAAACUUUCCGAAUUCAGUGCUGAAUCCUGGCGAGACAUACGUGCACAAGAUACAAUACAAGUUCGGUCACCUUCUCGGCAGAUAUGUCUAAUGUCCUGCGAGAAAUGUCUGAAACUGUGUCUGGUCCCAAUAAACAAGUGUGGUUCACACAGAUACAAUAUAUUG